AUGAGAUUCGGAGCAUUGUUUUUCCUUUUGGCCCUAGCGAUAGCUCUAGACCCGUACAAGGUGCUUGACAUCUCCAAAGAUGCCGACGAAAAAACAAUCAAGUCUGCAUACCGCCGAUUGUCCAAACAGUACCAUCCAGACAAGAACUCCGAUCCAGAAGCACAUGACCGGUUCAUUGAGAUAGGACAAGCGUACGAGAUUUUGAGCGACGCAGAGAAGAAACUGAACUAUGACCGUUUUGGCGACGCCGAUCCACACCAAGGCGGCGGAGGCGCCAACUUCGAUUUUGGCGAUCUUUUCAACCAGUUCUUCCAGCAUGGCCACAACAACCACCACGGCCAGCGCCAGAGACGCGGCCCAGACACACAGGUGCGCUUGCUGAUGCCGUUGCGGGACUUCUAUGUCGGCCGAGACUUUGGCUUUGACGUGGAAAUGAACAAUGUGUGCCAAAGCUGUUCUGGCAGCGGCAGCGCCGACGGCGAGAGACACAGAUGUUCUCGGUGUGGAGGCAGCGGUGUCAUUUUGACGCGGCGCCAGAUGGGCCCGAUGAUCCAGCAGUUCCAGACGCCGUGCGACCAGUGUGGCGGAAAGGGUACCACCAUAGCCAAACCAUGCAAAACCUGUCGUGGCCAGGGAACAGAGCGGAAGCAGAGACACUACAACGUGUACUUUUCGCCUGGAACAGCGAGAAACUCUGUGAAGGUGCUUGAAGGCGAAGGUGAUCAGAGUCCAGACUGGGUGCCAGGGAACAUGAACUUGGUGAUCACAGAGGAAACGGCCGGAAACUGGGGGUUCCACCGUGUUGGAAACCAUCUUUACCGUACAGAAGUGAUUUCGGCGAAGGAGGCCUUGGAAGGUGGCUGGCAGCGGGAGAUUCGUCUUUUCGACGAGGAAACAGUGGUGCUUAAGAGGGGAAAGGGCGAGGUGGUGAUGGACGGACACGUGGACGUGAUAAAGGAACACGGCAUGCCUCAUGACGACGACUAUGGCCACAUGUAUGUGGAGUACCGCGUUGUGCCCAUUGGGAAAAGUAAUGUGAAGGUGGAGUUGUAG